AUGAGGAGGAAUUGCAACUUAGAACUCUGCCUUUUUCCUCAAUACGUUUCUGAUAGCACUCACAAUCAAAACAAUCACAUGUUUGAAGAAGAAAAAGAUAGUGAUAAGAGUUCAAUGCAAAACCAGCAACAGCCGCUGACUAUUUUCUACGAUGGCAAGAUGUGUGUUAUUGAUGUCACAGAGUUUCAGGCCAAAUCAAUCUUAAUGAUGGCAGAUAGAAAAGUGCAAGAAACAGUAAUGACACCAGAGUCAAAGGCAUCAACACCAACAAUUGUACAAUCUCCACAUCAAUUGUAUAGCCCUGGACCUGCUCCUGCUCUUUCAAUGAGAACAUCUUUGCAGCGGUUUCUGCAAAAGAGAAAAAAUAGGAUUCAACAAGCUUCUCCAUACAAUCAUUAGCAAAUUAGAAAACAGGUCUUUCGAUAAAAAGAUCUUUGCAACUGUUUCUUUAGGAAAAUGAUUUAAUAUCCAUUCUGAUUUUUUUUUUAAAUGGUGGCGCUGCGAGCUGAACGAGUACGAAGUGGAAAAAAUGUAACAAAAGAGAUUUUUUGGAUCAAAAAGUUCAUUAUAUAAUUUGGUAUAAUUUUUAGCAUUGUGGAUCUCAUUGAUCUCUAAUGUGAUAACAAUGGUAGCAUUGCACAAGCUAAGGAGCAUAAAUCUCAUUUGCGAUCUAAACACAUACUUAUGCAUUAUCACCUCAUUCGGGAGAAAAUCAUAAGAGGAGAUGUCAAGAUAGGCAGAGUUAUACCAACACCUGACAAUGUUGUUGACUCAAUCAAAAAGACUCUUACUCUGCAUAAGCAUGAUGGUCAUAUUAGAUCUAUGGGUGUUAUGGGCUCUAGUGCUAGUCAGAGGUUAUUGGUGUGAGCCCUAGAGGUCAAUGAUUUUUUGAUUGAACGCAAAACAUGUAUCAAGUUAAUUAUUCAUAAUAAUAGGCAUUUCUUUAUAA